CCUGCUCCGUGGGAAGCCUGCUUCUCCUCCUCCUCCCACCUUCCCCCCCCCCAACUGCUUGUGUUCCCUCUCUCGCUGUGUCUCUCUCUGUAAAAUAAAUAAAUAACAUUAAAAAAAAAAACUUACUUGAGAGCGAACACACAUGUGCACGAGCAGGGGGAGGGGCAGAGAGAGAAGCAGACUCCCCACUGAGCUCAGAGCCUGACAUGGGGCUGGAUCUCAUGACCCUGAGAUCAUGACCUGAGCCGAAAUCAAGAGUCAGAUGCUUAACCAACUGAGCCACCCAGGCGCCCUGCAGUUGCCUUUUAAUGAAGCAGGUGUAGGAUAUGUUCUUUGGACCUACGAUCAUACAGAGACCCCACAGAAGAAACCCUAAAAUUGGGACUGUGGUCCUUGCUCCUAGAAUUGCCUGCGUCACUAAUAGAAGGCAGGAGAACCAGGAUUCGCUUCAGGUCUCCAGGGCAACAGGCCAGGUGACCAAUCAAGUUCUAGGUCCGGGGUUGUUGUUGGAGGUGAAUGUGUUGCUAUGACUACUGAAUCCUGGGUGACCGACUGGACAGAAGGGAGAGCCUGCUUCUCCUCCUGAGCCCGCGUCCCACCAGCUUGUGGACAUGUCUGUGGAAAAGACGACAAAAGUUGAAGAGAGUUUUCCAAGGGUCCUGGGAUUUAAGAAGAUGGUUGACAGGUGGCGAAAUUCACGCGCUCACUCUCUGUGGCAGACGACACUAAGCCAGAGGAGAAACCUGUAUGCUGCCCUAAGGAUGCAGGACACCAUGGGACAGGAGUUGGCACUGGCACGUAAGCAGCUACUGAUGGUCCGGCAAGCGGCCCUGCACCAGCUGUUGGAAAAGGAGCAUCGGCAGCACCAGCAGGAACUAAAUCAGAUGGGCAAAGCUUUUUAUGUGGAGAGACUCUGAUGGAAUCUGAAACAAACAAAGAUGGCUCUUAAAGGCUCAAAUGUAGACAUAUGGCUCAUUCUUCAGUCCUAAAUCUUGACUUCUUUGAACCGUGUUUAUUCAUAGCCAUAAUCUUAAAACAGCUUCCUGGGUUUUACUCACCACCUCUUAGAUCUCUCUUCCUCUGGUCUUUUCUGAAUAGCUCUGAGUGUGGCUCAGAGAACCAUGUGCUUGGGUGUCAGGAGGCCUGGAGUUCAGGGUUUGGGUCAGCCAGUUAUGAGACCCAGGACAGGUCUCUCUUCUCUGGACCCGAAUUCGUACCCUUCCCACCUCUGCAAAUUGACAGGGUUCCAAACUGAAGUGCCACGGAGGCAAGGCAGGUGAGAUAGCGGGUCUAAGAGAGUGAGGAGCACUGAGAUUUAUGGGGAACUGUUAAGAGCAUGUUAAAUCUAACAUGCGUUCAGAUUCUGAAGAAUUCUAAAAAGUACUGAUUGAUCACAUAUGUCUAUAGUCCACAGAGAACCUUACUUACGAAGAUCCACUUUCCAUAAAAUGAGAUCCCAAGCCCGAGAGAUCCCUGUUGUGGAGCCAGGAACGGGUGCGGUGCGGGGACACCACCAGGCUGACUUCCCGGUUUCUUCCCCUGCUGUCUGUAUCCUCAUUGGCCACGCGUCCUCUCCACACUGAUCUUGCCCGGCCCUCCACUCCAGGCGGUCGGUGCACUGCACAGCUCACAUCUCCCCUCCCCCACCCCCACCCCGAGUCUGGCCCCACCCUCCAGUGUGCAUUCCUCUGAUGUCAGAGCCCUCUCCUUUUCUCCCUCCACAUCCCACUGAUGGACACAAAGAAGCAGCAGGUAUAGAGAAGGGUAUGGGUUUUGGAGUCAGGUGUGGAUUCAAAGUCCUGCUUCAUCCCUUAAUUGUCACCUUGUGUAAGUUACUUCUCUGAACCUGUUUCCUUUUUUGAAAGUGGGGAAAAUAAUACCCAUCUCACAGGAUCAUUAUGAGAAUUAAAUAAAAUAAGGUAUGUAGAGAGCAGGCCUAGUGCUUGAGGAACAGCAGGUAUCCUCCCUUUCCCCUCUCAGAUUUCCCUGUGACCCAGGCCCUUCUCAGGCCCCUCGCCAGCCCCCGGCCACCCCCUAUGCAGCCGAGAUAUCACUCCAUCCCACGCCUGCCUUUCUGCCCUGUGCAUCCAUUCGUUGUCCAGCUUCCACCAGCCCCACUUCCCAAGAGUCUUUAGUCAAUGACUCACAGGUUCCUGCACCCAACAAGACAUGGGGCUCAUGGGCUGGUUGGGGGAGGCAGGCGUGGGCACGGAAGGAAGGUGAGGGGCACCUGGGUGGCUCAGUCGGUUGAGUGUCGGACUCCUGAUUUCAGCUCAGGUCAUGAUCUCAGGGUUGUGAGAUCCAGCCCCAUGUCCUCAGCAGGGAGUCUGCUCGGAAUUCUCUCCUUCUGCCCCUCCC